AGUCAGCCACCAGGCACCAACUUCCUGCGGAGGUGAGCCACCUGUCAUGGUGGCGCCACCACCUCUUCCCCGUAUAUAAGCACCAUUUCUCCCUGCUUCACCACCACCCCCCCUUCGCUGCAGCUGCUCAGUGCUUCCUCCAGCUCUAUCUGUCCUUUUUCUAGCUCCAAAUUUAAUAAUAACAGGAAGGAGGAUAACUAUGGCGGGAACUGGUGUUUUUGCAGAGAUCAUUGAUGGCGAUGCUUACAGAUACUACGCAGAAGGCGAGUGGAAACUGUCCAGCUCUGGGAAGACUGUGCCCAUCAUCAACCCCACAACCAGGAAGACCCAAUACAAGGUUCAAGCUUGUACUCAAGAAGAAGUGAACAAGAUCAUGGAGUCUUCGAGGGUAGCGCAGAAAUCGUGGGCGAAGACGCCGCUAUGGAAGCGGGCGGAGUUGCUGCACAAGGCUGCUGCGAUUCUUAAAGAGCACAAGAAGCCCAUUGCUGAGUGCCUUGUCAAGGAAAUUGCCAAGCCUGCCAAAGAUGCCGUCACUGAAGUUGUGAGAUCUGGGGACUUGGUGUCAUAUUGUGCUGAAGAAGGGGUUAGAAUUCUCGGGGAGGGAAAGUUUCUGGUAUCUGACAGUUUCCCCGGAAACGAAAGGACCAAAUACUGCCUUACUUCCAAGAUUCCACUUGGUGUUGUUUUAGCCAUUCCGCCCUUCAACUAUCCUGUCAAUCUCGCAGUCUCAAAAAUUGCUCCUGCUCUAAUUGCUGGGAACUCCCUCGUACUCAAGCCUCCAACCCAGGGAGCUGUUGCGGCACUUCAUAUGGUCCAUUGCUUUCAUUUGGCAGGUUUUCCAAAAGGCCUUAUCAGCUGCAUCACUGGAAAAGGUUCUGAGAUUGGAGACUUCCUUACAAUGCAUCCUGGAGUUAACUGUAUAAGCUUCACAGGUGGGGAUACUGGAAUUGCAAUCUCAAAAAAGGCUGGUAUGAUCCCUCUUCAAAUGGAACUGGGCGGGAAAGAUGCGUGCAUCAUCCUUGAGGAUGCUGAUUUGGAUUUAGCAGCAUCCAACAUUAUAAAAGGAGGCUUCUCUUACAGUGGUCAGAGAUGCACAGCUGUCAAAGUUGUCUUAGUGAUGGAGUCUGUAGCUGAUGAUCUUGUCAAGAAAGUUAAUGAGAAAGUGGCAAAACUCAAGGUUGGGGCGCCUGAGGAUGAUUGUGAUAUCACUCCAGUUGUUACAGAGUCAUCUGCUAAUUUCAUUGAAGGGCUUGUGAUGGAUGCCAGGCAAAAAGGAGCUACAUUUUGUCAAGAGUUCAGGAGGCAGGGUAAUCUCAUAUGGCCAUUAUUGUUGGAUAAUGUUCAACCUGAUAUGAGGAUAGCAUGGGAGGAACCAUUUGGCCCAGUUUUACCAGUUAUCAGAAUAAAUUCAGUUGAAGAAGGAAUCCACCAUUGUAAUGCUAGCAAUUUCGGCCUACAGGGCUGUGUCUUCACAAGAGACAUCAACAAAGCGAUUCUGAUCAGUGAUGCAAUGGAGACAGGAACAGUUCAGAUCAACUCAGCACCAGCUCGUGGACCAGAUCAUUUUCCUUUCCAGGGUCUGAAGGACAGCGGCAUCGGCUCUCAAGGAAUAACCAACAGUAUUAACAUGAUGACCAAAAUCAAGAGCACUGUAAUCAACUUGCCCUCUCCUUCCUAUACCAUUGGUUGAUUGAUAUUUGGCACCCAGAAGCUAGCAAGUAGUGUGAUGACUGGGCUCCUGAGGCAGUGAAAUAUCCAGUAGUUGUAGUAUGUGUUGUUUUGGAGGUGCAAUGAAAGAAAUAGAUGAAAAACUCAAACUUGUGCUGCUACGUGUGGCUAUCUGGUCUUUUGUUUGGGGAAAACACUGAGUUUAAUAUAUAUGCCAGAGGAAUAUAAGGUUUCUGUGUUGUAUCCUUUUGUUUUGUCUUGCUUAGAAUGUACAACUCUUUAGUUUUGGAAUAAUAUGUGCUCAUGUUGAAAUGAAAUGAUCCAGUUUGAGGAGUUCUGUA